CACUCAGGACCAAACCGGCUUCCGUCCGAUGUCGUGGCGUGACAACGUAGGCUAACAGCUGGGAGCGAAAAUAUCAGAACUCUAACAGGGUUUAGCUUCUGUUCAUAAUAGACCUGUUUUUGAAAGCGAGCACUCUUUUUACUCAUCUGGUCAGGUAACUGUAGGACAAACGCAGUUGAAGAUUUGACGAUAAAAUGAGGCGCACAGGUUUGGGUGAAGGCACUUCACAAGGGAAUUAUGUGGCCAGCGGUUACAGCGUUUAUGAGGAAGAGAACGAACACUUACAAGAAGGUCUUAGAGCCAAAGUAAAUGCUCUGAAACAUCUCUCAAUUGACAUCGGAACUGAAGUGAAACACCAAAAUAAAAUCAUAUCAGACAUGGACUCGGACUUUGACUCAACAGGUGGUUUGCUGGGAGCCACUAUAGGCAGACUGAAGCUGUUGUCCAGAGGAAGCCAGACCAAAAUCUACUGCUACAUGCUGCUUUUUGCUCUCUUUGUAUUUACUGUUCUUUACUGGGUGAUCAAACUGAGGUGAUGGAAGGACUAAUGAGUCUGACUGCUUUUUUGACGUCCUCUACCCUGUGUCCCAUACGCCACUGCAUCACACAAAUCGACCAAAGGCCAUCGAUCCCUUUGAGAUUUAUAACACAAUGAGUUUCUGAUGUGUUCAAUAUUUAUCACUCAACAGUUGCACAAAAUCAGGGACAGAGGUUACCAGAAUUCCUCCCUGUGGCAGGUUAGUGAUAUUAGGAUGUAAUGUUUGUAUUAUCAGUAUUCCUCGUGAGAUCCGAAGUCUUUAAUGUAAUCUCAGUGUCGUUCUCUAUAUAUAGCUGUUUUCUAGAAUGAACCUAACGUCUAAUUUUUUUUCCACAAUUCAAUGCAUGCAUCAUCUGAGAUUCUAAUCAACUGUUUUAUAUAUAAACUGACCAACAACAAAGAUGUUAGUUUUAUAUGAAUGCACACAUCCUGGCUGUGCUGCAGGUCAGGGAACAGAAAAACAGUCUACUUUGUCAAACUAAUUAUUCAUCAAGAUUGUUUACUGCGCUUGGCAUAAACAACUAAUUGAGCUGGCCUCCUGGUCAGCAAGUUCUCAGAAUAAUUGUGACGAGACUGUACUGACUGCACAAAAGCUCUUAAUUAUAGACAGCGCAUUUCACUGUUCAAGGAAAUGUGUUUUCUGAGAGAGGAAAACAAUAGUGAUGUAAAUGAUAAGGAGAAAAUCUUGCAUCUUUUAUCAAAAUCUUUCACUGUUGAUUACUAAGGCAAGGUUUAAUUUGAUGAAUUUAUGAGUUCUGAAUCUACAGAAUGCAUCUUAAGCUUAACAGAAUUUAACAGCUCAAAACUGAGAUUUGUAUGUAAGAAAAUAUAUUAGGUAAUAAAUGUUGCAGAAAGUAA